AUGGGAGGAGGAAAAGCUCUCGGAAAGGUCGUCUGCAUCUCCGCAGCAGACAAGCUCCCGGCCGGAUACAGCCGCCUGGAGCAAGGCAACGCUUACUUGACGAACAACUGUCGCAAGCAAGCCACAGAACAAAAGAAGGACUACUACCAGUGGCAAGAAAAGGGACGCCAGAUCAUGGCCUUUCCGACCAGCAUCUUGAAAGCCGCCAAGCAGGCAGACCGACGCACCAAGUCUCGACGACUCCGCGCCGUGCAGAAAUCGGAUAACAAGCUCCGGAAGGAGUUUCUCACCACCUUGCGCGCCGACUAUCCCGGCAUGCCGCGGGGAGAGCGGACUCAGCUUGCGAAACUACAGAUGGAGAAGGGUCAGAACCGUAUCGCGCGGAGCCGCAAGCUUCCCAUGGCGAAGCGGGUUGAGGUCGCUGUUUGGGCCCAUGCCUGGCAUGUGCAGGAACGAGAGGGGAAGCGAUCGGUUGAGAUUCUACGAGAAUGGCAGGGAAAGGCAAAGAAGAUCUGA